AUGAAUUUUAUGUUUUGGUCAAAGGUUUUCAAUAACAUAACCCCACAUUUGUACGUCAAAUGUUUGACGUUUCGUAUUUUGAGGUUAUUUUUUCAGCAAAAGAUUUUUUUAUUUUUAUUUUGUUCUGAAGGAAAACAGGUGUUUGAUUUAAAAAACAUGAAUACAGGUGUGUCAGAUUUUAAUUCCGUUUGUCGCACUUGUUUACAAAGUGAGAGUAAUUUAACGCCUCUGCAUCACUCAAAAGCCGCUGAAAUGCUAAUUUAUUGCAACUUCUGCAAAGUGUGUGAGGACGAUGGCUUUCCUGACAAAAUUUGCCAAACUUGCUUGGAACUGCUGGAAAAGUCUUACAGUUUUAAGAAGUUGUGCCAAAAAUCUGAAUCCAUUUUAACAAAAACGUUUCAAGACAAACAAACUUUCGCAAUAAAAAAUAAUUCAGAGGAUUGUAACACUCAAAGCUCGUUAGACUCUAGCGAUGAUUUACGAAGAAAUGAGAUUUUUAACCAAAUUACAGACUUACUUAAAAACGAGGAAGGUGCAGCUGAUUUUUCAGAAGGGGAAGCACAAAUCCAAGAGGAUUUUAUAUCAUUUCUGGAUGAUCCUUUGCCGCCCCCUUUGCCAUUUCAGUGUGAGAAUUGUAGUCACUCUUUUAAGGAAGAAAAAGACUUAAAAAUCCACCAGUCAGUGCACAAUUCUGACUUAACUUGUCUCGCAUGUUCAAAAAAAUUUAAGGGUUCGUGUAAAUAUUUUUUUUUAUUAUUUUUUCAAGCGUUUUUAGAUCGCCAAAGCUUGAAGAGACAUUUGAAAAUACACCUUACUCAGAAACCACACGUUUGUAAAAUUUGUAGCAAAUCUUUCUCCGAGUCCUACGCUCUAGUUAAGCAUUUGCGUCGCCACUCAGGGAUUCCCCGGGAAAAAAGACACGUGUGUGGGGAAUGUGGACAGGGGUUUUCAGAGCCUUACUACCUGAAAGUGCACGUGCGGAAGCACACAGGGGAAAGACCUCUGGCAUGUCCUGACUGUGAUAAAACUUUUGCUGACCCAAGGUCUCUCAAAACGCACGUCAUGAUUCACAGCGGCGAGAGACCUUUCAAGUGCAACUAUUGCUCGAAGAGUUUCAUUCAAAAUGCGAAUUUAACAAAGCAUUUGAGGGUACACACGGGCGAGAAACCGUACGCUUGCGGCUUGUGUGAUAAGAGGUUUACGCAGUCUUCCAACCUAGAAAAGCACAAAAAAGUUUACAAGUGCAGGAGAAAGUGCAGAAACGGGGAAAAUGUGUCUUUUUGUCAAUAAACUAUUCAAAAAUAAA